AUGGAUGUAUUUGGGAUACCAGUAUCAUUAACUUACAAAAAUGAACCUCGUAUCAAAUCAGUGACAGGUGGAUUCGCUACUAUCAUAAUGAGGUGUGGAGUAUUGGCUUACCUCCUAUAUCGGUGUGCAGAUGUAUUUGCUCGGAAAACUGCUAUUCAAUCAUCUUCACAUAUACUAGAUCUUUCAAAUGAAAAUUUGGCUUAUAAACUAACUUAGGAUGAAUUCGAUCUUGCGUUUAAAGUUGAAUACACUCUCUUAGACUCAGAACCUGAAGUUUAAGAAAAUAUAGAGGAAUAUGCCUAUAUAUAACUCAGUCAAAAUAUAUAUACAUGGGUUACAUAAAAUGGAAGAAGUGUCUAAUUAAAGUAAAGGCAUAGAAUAGAAACAGAAAUCUGCAAAUAUGGUAGACUAGGGCUAAAGGAAGAUGGGAUUGAUUAUUUGAAUAUCGUCAAAACUUACCAAUGUCCUAAAAAGGUAGAUUUCUAGCUUUAAGGCAGCUAUUCGGCCAGAAUAGUUCAGCAAGUUUAAAUCGGAGUAUUUCCUUGCAAUCAAACUUACCUUGAUAUUACAACCAAUAAAACGAAAAAGUGCAAGCCAAAAGCUGAGUAGGUGAGAGUAGGCGCAAACUUGAGACUAUUUGUUGUGGUAUAAAACUCUUUCUUUGAUCAAGAAGCCUUUGAUAGCAGCAUAAUACGAGCAUCUCUGAAGCCAUAUUUCCUCUCGCCAAGCUUUAAUAAAAGCCAUUCUUAUUUAUUCUUACUUAGUAAGAAUUAAGUAAAACUAUAAGAUUCAAUGUUUUAUGGGGAUACUUAAGAAAAGUAAUUCAUUGAUACAAGGUUAGAUUACUUGAAUAUGCUUUGCAAAGUACUGGAGGGUUUAUGA